CCCAGGAGCGGCAGGUUCGGCCUCUCCCGACUGUGUGUGUUUAGGCACAGCCAGUUCCCCGGGUCCUCUGGGUGCGGGACUUAAAGUUGCCGUAUGCCGGGCGGACACUUGAACCCCUGACAGCCGUAACUCGUCUUGUACUCUGUUGUCCUUAUCUGACUUUCCUGGUCCUCAGUACUCUUUCAGGAGUAUUUGAUUUCCCUCUCAGGAAAUAUGGAAGACUGAUUCCUGACGUUCUCAGACGUUCUAUGCUGUGACUUCUACUGCGUGGUAAAAGCUAGAAUGAAACAGUUGCCUGCAGCAACAGUUCGCCUCCUUUCAAGUUCUCAGAUAAUCACUUCAGUGGUCAGUGUUGUAAAAGAGCUCAUUGAAAACUCCUUGGAUGCUGGUGCCACAAGCAUAGAUGUUAAACUGGAGAACUUUGGGUUUGAUAAAAUUGAGGUGCGAGACAAUGGUGAGGGCAUCAAAGCCAUUGAUGCACCUGUGAUGGCAAUAAAGUACUACACCUCAAAAAUAAACAGUCAUGAAGAUCUUGAAAAUUUGACGACUUACGGUUUUCGUGGAGAAGCUUUGGGCUCAAUUUGUUGUGUCGCUGAGGUCUCAAUUAUUACAAGGACGGCUGCUGAUAAUUUUAGCACCCAGUAUGUUUUAGAUGGUAGUGGCCACAUAAUUUCUCAAAAACCUUCACAUCUUGGUCAAGGUACAACUGUAACUGCUUUAAAAUUGUUUAAGAAUCUACCUGUAAGAAAGCAGUUUUAUUCAACUGCUAAAAAAUGUAAAGAUGAAAUAAAAAAGGUCCAGGAUCUCCUCAUAAGCUAUGGUAUACUUAAACCUGACUUAAGGAUUGUUUUUGUACAUAACAAGGCAGUUAUUUGGCAGAAAACGAGAGUAUCAGAUCAUAAGAUGGCUCUCAUGUCUGUUCUGGGGACUGCUGUUAUGGGCAAUAUGGAAUCCGUGCAGUACCACUCAGAAGAAUCUCAGAUUUAUCUAAGUGGAUUUCUUCCAAAACAUGAUGUGGACCACUCUUUCACAAGUCUUUCAACCCCAGAAAGGAGUUUCAUCUUUAUCAACAAUCGACCAGUACACCAAAAAGACAUAUUAAAGUUAAUCCGACAUUAUUACAAUCUGAAGUGCCUAAAGGAAUCUACUCGUUUGUAUCCCAUUUUCUUUCUGAAAAUUGAUGUACCUACCGCUGAUGUGGAUGUAAAUUUAACACCAGAUAAAAGUCAAGUAUUAUUACAGAAUAAGGAAUCUAUUUUAAUUGCUCUUGAAAAUCUGUUGACGACUUGUUAUGGAUCACUACCUAGUACAAAUUCUUAUGAAAAUAAUGAAACAGAUGUUUCUUCAGCUGACACGGUUGUUAGUAAAACAGCAGAAACAGAUGUGCUUUUUAAUAAGAUGGAAUCAUCUGGAAAUAAUUAUCCAAAUGUUGAUACUUUAGCCAUUCCUUUUCAAAAUGAUGUGCAUAAUGAUGAAUCUGUAAAAAACACUAAUUAUUGUUCUGAUCCUCAGAUACAUGUUGAUGACCAUUAUGAUGAUCAUUUUAGUAGUGAAGAUUCUAGCAUUGAUAAGAACACUAGAAAUUUAUUUCAGGAGAUUUCAAUGAAUAAUUCAUCAUGUGAGGACGCCCAGAAGGAAUAUAGUGAAACUUGUUAUGUAGAUUCUGUUAAGCAUGCCCAAUCACAAAAUGGUAGUAAAGGCCAUAUAAAUGAGAGUGGGAAAAAUGAAGAAGCAGCAGUUCCUGAGAAGUCUUUGGAAAUUUGUGCAGAUGACUGGAGCAAGGGAAAUGUACUUAAAAAUUCAAUGGGAGAAAACAUUGAACCUGUGAAAAUUUUAGUGCCUCAAGAAAGUUCAGCAUGUAAAGUGAGUAAUAAUAAUAAUCAUCCAAGCUCUGAACAAAAGAAUCUCAGUGAAGGUGCCUAUAACAAAAAAUCAAAUGUGGUAGAUAACAAAUCUGGACAGCUUACAGCUUAUGAUUUAAUUAGCAAUCGAGUAAUCAAGAAACCCAUGUCAGCAAGCGCCCUUUUUGUUCAAGAUCAUCGUGCUCAGCUUCUCACAGAAAAUUCUAAGACCGGUUUGGAGGAUGCAACAGUACAAAUUGAAGAACUGUGGAAGACAUUGAGUGAAGAGGAAAAACUGAAAUAUGAAGAGAAGGCUUCUAAAGACUUGGAGCGAUAUAAUAAGCAAAUCAAGAGAGCCAUUGAACAGGAGUCACAAACACCAAUAAAAGAUGGCAGAAAAAAGAUAAAACCCACCAGUGCAUGGAAUUUGGCACAGAAGCACAAAUUAAAAACUUCGUUAAUUCAGCCAAAACUUGAUGAGCUCUUUCAGUCCCAAAUUGAAAAAAAAAAGGACCAAAACAUUAAAGUAGUUCAGAUCCCCUUUUCUAUGGAAAACUUACAGAAAAAUUUUGAGAAACAUAAAUUUGACUUAGAAGAAAAGGACGAACUUUGCUUGAUCCACAAUCUCAAGUUUCCUGAUGGGUGGCUAAUUACAUCCAAAACAGAGGUGAUGUUACUAAAUCCAUAUAGAGUGGAAGAAGCCCUGCUGUUUAAAAGACUUCUUGAGAAUCAUAAACUUCCUGCAGAGCCCCUGGAAAAGCCAAUUGUAUUAACAGAGAGUCUUUUUAAUGGAUCUCAUUAUUUAGAGAUUUUAUAUAAAAUGACAGCAAAUGAUCAAGGAUACAGUGGAUCAACUUACCUGUGCGAUCCUCGUCUUACAGCAAAUGGUUUCAAGAUAAAAUUGAUACCAGGAGUUUCUAUUGCAGAAAACUACUUGGAAAUAGAAGGAAUGGCUAAUUGUCUCCCAUUCUAUGGAGUGAUGGAUUUAAAAGAAAUUCUUAAUGCUAUAUUAAACAAAAAUGCCAAGGAAGUUUAUGAAUGUAGACCUCGCAAAGUGAUAAGUUAUUUAGAGGGAGAAGCGGUGCGUCUAUCUAGACAGUUACCCAUGUACUUAUCAAAAGAGGAUGUCCAAGACAUUAUCUACAGAAUGAAGCACCAAUUUGGAAAUGAAAUUAAAGGGUGUGUUCAUGGUCGCCCAUUUUUUCAUCAUUUAACCCAUCUUCCAGAAGCUACAUGAUUAAAUAUGUUUAAGAAAAUUUGUUAUUAUUGAAAUUGAUUUGGUCAUAAAAUAAUGAGUCAGUUUUUAAGCCAUCUUUGUACUAUCAUGUGUUAAAUGGUUAUUUUAUAAGUGAGGAUUCACUGGCUUGUUUGUAUAUUGAAAACAAUUUCAAAAGCUGUAGAAAACUUAAAUAAACUAAUAUAGACUAAUAAUUCA